UUUUGUAUGCUUCCAUCCAUUCUGCGAGACGCUAAAGGCCCCUCAUCAACCUCUCCUGUGUCCGGGAACACCUCAGUGGUAAUCAUUUUUUCGUUUAUUUGUCUUUUGGAGCCGAAGCGCCUUGCCAGAAGUGCUCGAUUCAACGGUGUCCUCGAGGUUUUCCACGCUGGGGCAGAAGGAUGUCACCACAUUGAGAGCAUCACCAAAACGCAAACAGCAGACAUUUAUUUAAAAAAAAAAAUUGAAAUAAAAAAGAAACAAUCACAAACAAACCCCGUACGCUGAGUUACUUCUCCAGCGAAAGGAUAACGUUCCAACUAGAGGCGCAGUGCUUCUGAGUAAAUUGUUUAUGUCGUGCCAACACAGGACAGAUUGAAGAAGGAAGCAAGACUUGCGGACCAGGUUUUCCUUGUUCUGAUCACUCAAGAGUAAAGUCAUACUCUUGCAGUCGCCAAGGAAAAAAAAAAACAUAUUUUGACAUUUCAUUUAUCGUCACCCCUUUGGAAGGAGCUGGGUUUGCACACAAACUGUUUUAAUGUUUGGAAUUCAGGAAAAUAUACCGAGAGGUGGGACGACAAUGAAGGAAGAACCGCUGGGCAGUGGGAUGAAUCCGGUCCGAUCGUGGAUGCACACAGCUGGGGUGGUGGAUGCUAACACAGCCGCCCAGAGUGGCGUGGGUCUGGCGCGGGCGCAUUAUGAAAAACAGCCACCUUCCAACCUCAGAAAAUCCAAUUUUUUCCACUUCGUCCUGGCUCUGUAUGACAGACAAGGGCAACCCGUGGAGAUCGAAAGGACAGCUUUUGUGGACUUUGUGGAGAAGGAGAAAGAGCCAAACAGUGAAAAAACUAACAAUGGGAUUCAUUACAAACUCCAAUUACUGUACAGCAACGGAGUCAGAACAGAACAGGAUCUUUACAUACGGCUAAUAGAUUCCAUGACAAAACAGGCAAUUGUAUAUGAAGGUCAAGACAAGAACCCGGAAAUGUGCCGAGUCCUCCUCACGCACGAGAUCAUGUGCAGCCGGUGUUGUGACAAGAAAAGCUGUGGAAACAGGAACGAGACUCCCUCGGACCCAGUGAUCAUUGACAGAUUCUUUUUAAAAUUCUUCCUCAAGUGCAAUCAGAACUGCCUGAAGAAUGCAGGAAACCCCCGAGACAUGCGCAGAUUCCAGGUCGUUGUGUCGACGACAGUCAACGUGGACGGGCACGUCCUGGCUGUCUCGGACAACAUGUUCGUGCACAACAACUCCAAGCACGGGAGGAGGGCCCGCCGCCUCGACCCGUCAGAAGGUACGGCCCCUUAUCUGGAGAAUGCAGCUACCCCAUGCAUAAAAGCCAUCAGCCCCAGCGAAGGAUGGACCACGGGCGGAGCCACCGUCAUCAUCAUCGGGGACAACUUCUUCGAUGGCUUGCAAGUCGUGUUUGGCACGAUGCUCGUGUGGAGCGAGCUGAUAACCCCCCACGCCAUCCGGGUACAGACCCCACCCAGACACAUUCCGGGCGUGGUGGAGGUCACUCUCUCCUACAAAUCCAAGCAGUUCUGCAAAGGGGCUCCCGGACGUUUCGUCUACACCGCUUUGAAUGAGCCAACCAUCGACUACGGAUUCCAGAGAUUACAGAAGGUCAUUCCAAGGCAUCCAGGUGAUCCAGAGAGGUUACCGAAGGAGGUGCUGUUGAAGAGAGCGGCUGACCUUGUGGAAGCUCUGUACGGGAUGCCCCAUAACAAUCAGGAGAUUAUUCUGAAGAGGGCGGCCGAUAUCGCUGAAGCCCUGUACAGCGUGCCUCGCAAUCACAACCAGAUACCGUCGCUCGCCAACGCGCCGUCUCACGGAGGGAUGAUGGGAGUCAACUCCUUCAGCAGCCAGCUGGCCGUGAACGUCUCCGAGACAUCGCAGGGUAAUGACCAGGUGGGCUACAGUCGGAACACGAGCAGCGUGUCGCCGCGGGGAUACAUUCCCAGCAGCACCCCGCAGCAGUCCAACUACAACACAGUAAGCAACAGUAUGAACGGGUACGGGAACGCCGGCAUGCCCAACCUGGGCGUGCCCAGCUCUCCGGGGUUCCUCAACGGCUCGUCCGCCAACUCCCCCUACGGCAGUGAGUAUCGAGUAGUGCCAUCGAGCCCUACCUUGGCAGCCUCCUCGGUCGCUCUCCCUUCAAACUGUAGCAGUGCACACAGCAUUUUCUCUUUCUCACCCGCAAAUGUCAUCUCCGCAGUGAAACAGAAGAGUGCCUUCGCGCCUGUCGUCAGGCCCCAGGCCUCUCCACCUCCGUCCUGCACCAGCGCUAACGGCAACGGUCUCCAAGCAAUGUCCGGGCUGGUCGUUCCUCCGAUGUAAGAUGCACUUUCCCUCCUUCUCGAGCGCCAGUCUCCGCAGAACGGGCUUCAGGGGACAUGUGUAAUACAUGUAGAAGAUGCUGGUAGAAUCAGUGUCAUCACAAAUGAAAUCUACAAGAAAUUCUGUUUUUCAGAAGGAAAAAAAAGACUUUGUUUCAAAGAUUUUAUUCAAAUUAUUACGAAUCAACAUGCAAGCGACUUCAUGGAGAAUUCCAUUUUACUGACUGAAUUUUUUUUCUUCAUAUUUUCACACGUUCUCAGCCGGGAAGAAAACAAAUGAAGAAGAAAAGCCUAUUUUGUAUAAAAUAGUUUCCGGUUACAUCUUGGCCGUGUCCAGUUCUCACUAUGUGUUGGGAGAGACGUUGCGGAUGCACCUUCUGAUUGUGACAGAAACACUGCUGAAAAAUGCCUCAGAACAUUUCUCAGUUCUCUUAAAUAGAUUCACGAUAGUCAUGUGUCUCUAUAAUGUGAAUUCCUUUCAUUUGCUCUAUUUUUUAUCUGUAGUAAAAAAUUUAAAAGGGGCCAAGAGAGUAUGAACCAUUGAACUGGAAACAAUAUGAAAUAUAUGAUUUAGAAAACAAAAUGAAAC